GUGUGGAAGUCGACACUUUGAAAUUUCCACGUGAGAGAUUUUAGGGGAUGAAAUAUUUGCAUGCUUGUUUGGAUCGGUCUUCUUCCGGUACCCUUCUAGGAACCCUGUCUGUGCUCUGAUUCUUUCCGGACUGGUUUUUAAAGCAGCGUAAGGAAAGUGCGGCUAAAGCGAAAUCAAAUCUGCGUCCUUAACUUUUCCGGGGAAAAGUUCCUAGCGCGGUUUUUUCCUCCCCCCAAAAAAAGUGUAAAUUUUUCAUUUAUCUAUUACAGUUGGAAAAUCUUACGGCGCGAAAGAGUGUACGAGGGUUGAAAAACGGUUUACGGUUGUGGAUUUGGGUCGAAGGUUUGCAGGUUUUUGAGGGUGUGGAAAAGUUGGUGGUAACUUUUCCAGGCGCUGAUUUUAAAUCGUGCGAUUCAUUUUUAUAAGAUGCGUUCGGUGAAUAAUUAAUUAAGCAGGAAAAUUGCGCCAUUUUAUAGGAAGUGAGUAGAAUGACGAAUAGCCAGUUGUAAGUGAUGAUUUUUCGCGUUUGAAUUUUGGUGCGUGCAAGGAUUUCCUCUGACGGUGGUGUUUGUUCUUGAAGUUCUCAAGGAAGAGGAAGUGAAGUUUGAUGAAAGGCUGAGAGACGGGAAAGCGAGAAGAAGAUUUUUUUCCUUUUUAGGUGGCUCGCACUUAAUUGCUGGACUGCUUAAAAGGGAAGCAAUUUAAAAGUGUACGCUCAGGACGUGCAUCGCAGGACGACCGGCAUAGGAGCGAGAUCCCCGGGGAAAGGAUGCCAAAAUGAAAACAAAACACUACGCGGUGGCAACAGAAAAAAUGAAAUCGGCCCUGCUGUAUCCUUACGGACCGCUGACAGGAACAGGAUGUUGUCGUAUGCUGCAUGCCAAACAUAUUGCCAUGACCAGUGCUGUGUAUACUCUGAAUAUUUCAAUAUUGAUUGUGCUGUUAUACGCGUGGCGGAUAAGUGUGAAUGUGAAACGUUAUGGCGACUUAGAAGACGUCUACUACGGAGUUCAGAUCGCAUAUUUCGCCAUAAUCGGAACGCAAAUGUCAAUGAUAGUCCUUAGCAUUAUGUUAAUGUUUGGGAUUUAUAGGGAAAAUCCCGGACUCGUAGUGCCUUGGAUAAUUGGAUUCAUUACGUUUAUGGCUUUAGAAGCAGUUGCCAUGGUGUAUUCAAAUGUCCUUCGGGAUCAUGUAAAUAAGCAAUUCGACGCAAUGUGCAAAGCAGAAGUGGCCUUCUUUAUUGCUAGAGCGUUCAUAAAUGUCCUUGCAAUGUGGGGCGUUAUGCGAUUCUACAACCUCCUUCGAAUUGGCAUUACAUGGAAGGGUCCCGAAGUGAUAGAACUAUGAUAUAACCUUAACGAUUCCGAUCGUACACAGACCACAAAUACAUCAUCGCGUGGCGGGGGUUGUGGUGGAACAGGCAGCGAUAGUGAAUGCUUCCUAAAUGAGAAUUUCGACGAUGACGACGAUAGUUUCGACUACACUAUGUCGGAUAUUGAAGACUGUGAUACAGAUUUAGCGAACCUCGAAGAUCACAGCCCCAUGAAUCGGAGCAGAAAAUAUCGUGUACGAUCGCAGCUGGAGGUUAUCGACGAGUUGGAGAAGAGCGCCAACAGUGGAAGCGAGGAGGACGACUCCUUGCUGGUUGCAUAUGACAGCAAUUCGGUGGGGUCGGUUUGACAAAAGGAGCAGCACGUCCGGAAUAUCGUUCAGUGGACAUGCAUGGGUCUCCUGAUAACCGUCGAAAUCUACGCUCAACUAGUUAUCUUAUUUUAAAGAGUAUCUUAAGCAUGCUAGCGAUCAUAGUUAGGCUGUAAAGUGAACCAAAACAAGCAACAUCAACCUGUACAUAGCUUAUUUUGUAAAAUUCAGGGAACCAUUGUAAAUACCAAAGCCAAUGCAGAGGUUAUAUUCGUGUAAAUAACGUUAACAGUCAAAUAGAUCUAAGGAGAAAGCUGUAAAAUGUUCCAAUAAUAGCUCGUAAGUGAUUAUAUCGGUCGCUGAUUAUGCAUCAGGACCUAGGGAACACGAAAAGGGUACACCCUCGAUGAACUGAUGAAUAAAUUCAAACGUAACGAGGAUUUAUUUUUAACUCUCAGUGGAGAGGAAGCAUAAGAGAAUCCCAUGUAUAAGGUUCCCCGGCUUUGUUAUUGCUGGGGGAUGUGUCAGAACAAAUAGUCCUCCGAGAAAAUAUCCUUUUGUUUGUAGAUCUCCUCCCGGGAAUACCUGAAAUUGCCCAUGAAAUAACUAGAAGACGACAGCAGACAUGAAAUUCUUCCACAGAACUGGCCACCAAACAAUUGCCAAUAUGUCUUCCAGCUAUUUAUUGUGUCCUACCUCAUCCCGAAAGCAAACAUUUUCCAUUCCUUUUCCCAUUUUUCCUUGAAGGGACUUUUUAUUGUAAAUUGACAAGAAUAGUUUUCUGAGGAAGUAAAAGGAAUUGCAAUUGGUUAUUGCCGGAGAAUGAUGUCAUUCUAGUUCUAUUCCAUGAAAUUGAGGUUUUUCCGCAAUAGAUUGUGUUCAAGGAAUAGAAAAAUCUGUAAUAGGAAAACAAAGUUCCAAUGCUUCAUUCAUGUCCUUAAAGUCCUUGAAGUUUUAGCCUUAUUCAUUUUUGUAUUGUGUAAAGUUCAGAGGAGGUUGGGAUGCAAUCCCAAAGGUUUAGUCAUGUAUAAAGCGAGCUAGGUUAGUGUAAAAAUAACUCCUAAGGAUAAUUAAGCAACCAAUAAGCUGCUGUUUUGCAGCUGAUCCUAUUGUUGAACUCCAAUAACUUUAGAAGUCAAACGUAAUUGUAAAGCAUAGGUGAACCAAUGUAAGUAUGUAGUAGUUGCCACAUACAUUUACAGUGAGUGAGUAGUUAAGGAAAAUAUUGUAUAUUGUAAAGGAACUGAGGAUUCAGUGUCUACGUGAAUAAAAUUGAAGAAUUAACAAGGAUGCGUACAAUAAAUACGAAAAUAUUG